UGCUUCUUUCUAUCGUUUUUCAUGUGUGUCUCUAGACUUGCGCUCUCCUUUUUCGGCCACUCCAUUGCAGUCAUCUAGCUAGAUCAGACCACUUGACCCCUUGGCUAACGCUGUGGAAGAAUGCCCACGCAGGAGAUAGGAGCAACAGCUCUCUCUCUCUCCUCACUUGUGGUUCACAGCAACUAGCAUUAAGAGGCAAAUUGCAUCUUACUGUGGGGAUAGAACAUUUCCAUUAUGGCUCCAUGAAUUUAUCUAAUCCUCUUUUAAAGCCAUCAGAUUUGUUGGUCAGCAAUCCGAUUUGGUGGUCAGCACUAUGUCUUGCAGGAAUGAAUUCCAUAGUUUAGUUGUGCACUGUGUGAAAAAGCACUUUUUUGCCUUUCUUUCCAACAUUCAGCUUCACAGGGUGGCACUGAGUUAUGAGAAGAGAAAAACUUCCUAAAUCCCUCUGCAGCUAUCACCACAUCAAGCAUAGAUGGCAUAUAUAUAAAAUGAUUGAAAUACUCAAGAUGUCUUCCAUCUCUACUUCCUGUUCUCCUUCCCAACUAACUGUGGCAUCACAAGUUCCUUUUGAAGAUCUCUGUUUGACAUUAGAACGAAUACAAAAAUGCAAAUCCCGACCUGAGAAAACCAAGAAUUUCAAGGAGUUUUUAGAUUCCUGGAGGAAAUAUCAUGCUGCUCUUCAUAAAAACGAGAAAGAUGUAACAGAUUCUUUUUAUCCAGCAAUGAGGCUUAUUCUUCCACAGUUGGAAAGAGAGAGGAUGGCUUAUGGAAUUAAAGAAACCAUGCUUGCUAAGCUGUAUAUUGAACUGUUAAAUUUACCCAAAGAUGGAAAAGAUGCUUUAAAACUCUUAAAUUAUCGAACACCUACUGGCUCACGGGGAGAUGCUGGAGAUUUUGCUAUGAUUGCCUAUUUUGUGUUGAAACAAAGAUGUCCCAGGAAAGGUCAACUGACCAUAAAACAAGUGAACGAUAUUUUAGAUUCCAUUUCUAAUAAUAAUGCUGCCAAAAGAAGGGAUCUGGUCAAGAAGAGCCUUCUUCAGUUAAUAACUCAGAGUUCAGCACUUGAACAGAAAUGGUUGAUAAGGAUGAUCAUAAAAGAUUUGAAACUUGGUGUCAGCCAGCAAACCUUACUUUCCAUCUUUCAUCCUGAUGCUGCAGAGUUGCACAAUGUUACAACUGAUUUGGAGAAAGUCUGUAGACAGUUACACAAUCCUUCUGUAUUUCUUAGUGAUGUUUCUAUUACAUUAUUUUCUGCCUUUAAACCGAUGCUUGCUGCUAUUGCUAAUGUACAACAAAUUGAAAAACAAAUGAACCACCAGAGUUUCUACAUAGAAACCAAAUUAGAUGGUGAACGAAUGCAGAUGCACAAAGAUGGAGAUGUUUACAAGUAUUUUUCCCGGAAUGGGUAUGAUUAUACUCAGCAGUUUGGAGCUUCUCCCUUGGAAGGUUCAUUGACUCCAUUUAUUCAUAAUAUCUUUAACAAUAAUAUUCAGAACUGCAUUCUGGAUGGUGAAAUGAUGGCCUACAAUCCCACCACACAGACCUUUGUACAGAAGGGUAGCAAAUUUGACAUCAAAAAGAUGUCAGAUGAUUCAGAAUUACAGACAUGCUUCUGUGUGUUUGAUGUUCUAAUGAUUAAUAACCAAAAAUUGGGUCAUGAGAUGUUGAGCAAAAGAUAUGAGAUACUGAAUAAGAUAUUUACACCAAUAGAAGGUCGUUUGCAGUUUGUUCCUAGAAAUCAAGCUAACACUCAGAAAGAAGUAAUAGAUUCUCUAAAUGAAGCAAUAGAUCACAGAGAAGAAGGAAUUGUGGUAAAAGAUCCCAUGUCAAUUUACAAGCCGGACAAACGUGGGGAAGGGUGGUUCAAGAUCAAACCAGAGUAUGUUAGUGGGCUAAUGGAUGAACUAGACCUUUUAAUUGUUGGGGGCUACUGGGGAAAAGGUCUUCGUGGUGGCAUGAUGUCACAUUUUUUAUGUGCAGUUGCUGAGACUCCUCCGCCUGGCGAAAGGCCAUCAGUGUUCCACUCCAUUUGUCGUGUUGGUUCUGGUUACACUAUGGAAGAACUUCGUGAUCUUGGCUUGAAAUUAGCCAAAUAUUGGAAACCUUAUCGUAAAAGAGAUCCUCCUUUUAAUAUAUUGUGUGGAACUGAGAAGCCUGAAGUCUAUAUUGAGCCUUGUAAUUCAGUCAUCGUCCAGAUUAAAGCAGCUGAGAUUGUGAGCAGUGAUAUGUACAAAACUGAUUAUACAUUACGUUUCCCUCGUAUUGAGAGGAUAAGAGAAGAUAAAGAAUGGCAUGAUUGUAUGACUCUUGACAUUCUAGAGCAACUCCGAGGUAAAGCUUGUGGAAAGCUAGCGACUAAGCACUUUGAUAUAGAUAAUGAUGAGCCACAAGGAAAGAAACGUAAAACUGUGUCAAAGAUUAGGAAAAAAAUUGGUUUAAUGGAUCAUUUUAAAGCUCCUGAUCUUUCAAAUGUAAACCAGAUUUCCAGUAUAUUUGAAGAUGUUGAGUUUUGUGUUAUGACAGGGACACAAAAAUAUUCAAAAUAUCAGCUAGAAAGUAAAAUAGUGGAAUAUGGUGGCAGCAUAGUCCAGAAUCCUGGUCUGGACACCUAUUGUGUGAUUGCAGGAACUGAGAAUGUCAGAGUGAAAAAUAUUAUUUCUUCUGACAAGUAUGAUGUUGUGAGAGCGGAGUGGCUUUUACAGUGCUUUCAGUACAAAACAUUUGUACCCUGGCAGUUUGAUUUCAUGAUUCACAUGUCUCCAGAAACAAAACAACAUUUUGCCCGUGAAUAUGACUGCUAUGGUGAUAGUUACACAGGUGAUACUGAUAUUGCCAAACUAAAAGAGGUGUUCUCAAGAAUCAAUAACUUUCAGGAAGAGAUCUCUCGGGAUGCGAUUGCUGACAUAGAAGCACGUUAUUCAUGGGAAAGCUCUCCACUAAGUAUGUUCAGGCAGCACACGAUUUACCUGGCUCUUUCUGAUGAAUUGAAUAAUUCAGGGGUUAGGAUUAAACAAACAAAACUAUUAACACUGAUACUUCGAUUUCAUGGAGCAAAAGUGGUUCAACAGCUUGAAGAGGGUGUGUCCCAUGUAAUCAGUGGAGAUCAUGCUCAUUUGAAGGAGAUAAAGACAGUGAGAAGAACGUUCAAAAGGAAGUUUAAAAUUUUGUCUGAGCAGUGGGUAAAGGAUUCUAUAAAGACUGGCAAGUUACAAAAUGAAACGGUUUACUUAAUUUAAAUCAUUUCAUUUACUAGGAAAUUAUUUACUUUGGUUAACUUCAUUUAUCUAUUUAAAGAAUUCUGCCAGGCUGUUUUUAAUACUACACUUCAUUUUGAAGUUUGUAGAUAGAGUUUCACAAGUAUGAACAUGAAAGAAAAGCUUUCAGGUAUAGUGCUGAGAGUUAGGUUAUUUUUAAAACAACCCCUCCAUUUUAUUGAGCUGCUGCUAGCACAUUUAUAUAGCUGCUUUGGUCAAAUAUUUGUUAAACAUAACCCAACUUGCAAAUGAGUUAAACUGGAGAAAGUGGACCUAAAGUAAUUUAGUCUACUUAAACCCAAUAGCCCAAGCAAGUGUAACCACUGUGGAUCUAGUCCAGGCUUCCUCAACCUCGGCCUUUGGGAUGUUUUUGGCCUACAACUCCCAUGAUCCCUAGCUAGCAAAACCAGUGGUCAGGGAUGAUGGGAAUAGUAGUCUCAAAACAUACGGAGGGCCGAGGUGCUGGGCUCUGUAGAGCUCUGCCGGCACAGCUACUAGUGAGGAUCCAGGCGUCUCCACUGUGGCAGCCUGUGGAUAAAUGAGGGUGGAUAAGUGAUCUUCCACUCCUGUCCUUUUACCAGAUGUUUUUAUAAAUACCUAUUUUCCUCCCACUGGGAAAAACUUUAGGGGAAACUGGGGUAGAGAUUCACAGCAGCUUGGGCCCUUACCAAUGUUAGAGCUUCAAAAGCUGUUAGAUGUUUCCAUAACUGUUGUGUGGUGGAUCUGACAUUUUAUUUCUCCAUCAUCGAUAGACAGGGAGCUCGGAUGUUUCCUUGGACUCUUGGGAUAUAUUCCUGGGGGUCACAGGAUUGCAGUUUAUAGAUUAUAAUUUGAAUUUUAAAGUCUAAAAAAAUUAAAUCCUUUGAAAGAAAGUUCUGUAAAUAACUAUACAAAUAAAAUACUUUUUUUAAAAAACAACUGCCUUUGAUUUUGAAAUCAGAAAGACUUGAUGAGAGUACUUUCUGAUGUAUUUCAAGUAUACUAGGAAAACUUUUUGAUAUCUUUUGGAUGCUGAUAAUACUAAUGUUGAAGAGUCUAUGUUAUCCAAACAUUUUUAAAUUUUCUACUAGGUGACAUAAUCACUCAUUAAGUUUUGAAGCCAAAGGGGAAGACACUAAUACAGUAUUGCUGUCUUCUUUAAUUCCAAAUCAAGUGUGGAAAAAGGUUUGAUAUUUUAGGCCACAUACCAACUAGUAAACCACCUUAAACAGCAAUAAAAACCUUACAGAGAGAAAUAAACAAUCCUCCCAAAGACCUUCACCCACAUACAGUACCCGAUCCAGCCAUAGGGAGCCCGAGUGUUUGGUCCAUCAUCCUACUCGACUACGUUGCCCUGCACCAUUUGGACCUGCCCCAACCAGGCAGGGCUGGGUGUCUCCAUGGCUGUUACCUGUGGCAAUUAGGGCUCCUAAUCUGGGCAAUUCAGGCCUAGCUGGGCCACCUUCAAGGGCAGGAGUGCUCCUAUGGGGACUCGCACGAGGGGUUGUGUGAGGGACAGAAGCUACAGGCAGGUCCCUCCCAUCUUAAGUACCAGCUCAUCGCCCAGCGCUAGUGCGAGUGGGGAGGGAGAGACCUCCAGCGGCGAUUCAGGAAGUGGUGACCGAGGCUCAAGCAAGGUAGCGGAGCCCAUGCCCAGUGUGGGAAGGGAAGUGGGAGGCAAGGGAAGAAGGCCGAUCCCGCCGACCCCGGAAUUGCGCAGGAAGCGACAGGGGCGGAGAUUCAAUAUUCCUAGGCUACUUUGCUGGAAGAAAACGCGGGAAUCUCCAUUCGGAGGUUCUGACCCCUAACUGACAACAUGUACAUAGCACUGUUAUGCACUGUAAAUAAUCAGCACUAAAUAAAAGCAUGAAAAGACAACGCUUGGAGGAGUCGUUACUCUAGAGUAGCCACUAUCGAGCCUGUGACAGGUUGGUUGUGCAAGGAUUGGAGCAGGGUGACGUAGUUGGAGAGGAUGACGGACCAAAUGCUGCUGAGGCCCCCUACGGCUAGAUCUGGUGUAUGUGGGUGAAGGUCUGGUGGGGGAAUUGUUUCUUUGGAAUUGUUUCUUUGGAGUUAUUUCUCAGUACAUUCAUACCUUGGAAGUCGAAGGGAAUCCGUUCUGGAUGUCUGUUCGACUUCCAAAAUGUUCGAAAACCAAAGUGUGGCUUCGGAUUCGUUGCAGGAAGCUCCUGCAACCAAUCGGAAGCCACAGAAGCCCCAUCAGAUGUUCGGCUUCCAAAAAUGGUUCGCAAACCGUAACACUCGGAAGCGGUUUUCGGGAUCCAAAAUGUUCGAGAACUAAGCUGUUUGAAAACCAAGGUACAACUCUAUAAGAGAGUUUUUAUUGUUGUUUAAGAAGGUGGUGUCACUCUAUAUAUCAAAGGGCAUUAAACCCACAGGCUAGAAAUCCCAAAAGGAGCAGAAACACAGUGGUGUGAUACCUAGCAAGAGUAAUUUAGUACUAUGAACUAGUACUAUCAUCCCUCCAACCAAAUUGCCCAGGAAAGAGCAAGUGUUGUACUAACUAGGUAGAUGACUAUUCCAAUCAUGGCAAAGAGGUAAAAUGCCUUAAAAAUGACACUGCCCCAGAACAAUUUGUUAUGAAACCAAAUAGUGGGGCAGUGUCCAUAGAUUUAAGAUUAAUCUGUGUCUUCCAGUAUGACCUGGUGUGAGAUGCAAGUAUUGUUGAACUAAAUGGGAACACCGACCUUGUAGCUAUUAAAACCCAAUGUGGAAAACUGUCAAGUAAUAACAACAGUCACAUAUGACUACAAUCAUGUAUAUGUAUGCUGUGUUUAAAGAUGUGUUUGUCAGCGCAUAUGUGUGUCAU